AUAAUCAAAUGUCAAUUUGUAAACAAAACAAUUUAACAUAAAAAAUAAGGUUUAAUUUGUAAAAUCUUUUUCACUACUUAACAAAAGUUAUUGAAGGUUUUGCAUUCAUCCGAGUUAUUAUGAAAAGUCUAGUGUUUUUCAAAAACGUGUUGGUUCGAGAAAAUUGGCUCCCAAGUUCCAUUACCGACUCCGAAUCUCAAUUUGUUCGAGAUAGCGCAAGGAAUAUUUAAAGAAGAUAGCGAACAUUAAAAUAAUUUAAAUGAAAUUAUCAUAACAUUCAUUGGAAAAUCGUAAUGGAGCAAUUUUCCCAUGAUUUGACGCUUGCUUUGGAGGAAACAUCCCGAUGCUACGAAAACCGAACACGAUGGGUAAUGCGCCGAAGGACACGCUCUACGGGAAACUUACCUUGCGCACCUCAACCAACGGAGGAUAGUUCAAGUAGUCCAGCAGAUCAACUUGAAAUGAACACAAGCCAAAAUUCACCGCAAUUAAGUGGUGGGAACAAUCUGAUCCAGAGCGACUCGGACGACCGUCAUACAUUGGCAUUUGCCUUCCGUUCUCGCCAGACGCCUAUAUGUGGAAACUUCGAGUCUGAUUCAUUCAACGAGAACUUUAGUCCAACGAGACCUAACAUGAGACGUAAACGAAAGUUCAAACGAAUGGCAGUUGGUUACGAAGCAUCCUUAUCUGCGUCAAGCGUUACUAAUAGCUCAAUUUUCCCGGCCAUCGUCAAGAAACGCGCAUUCAAUCACGAAAGCCUACGCGCAAAUCUCUUUUUCUGUGGUAAGAGAAAAAGAAGCCAUCGAGAUAGAUAUAUGGACUUUGAAUCCUUCAAACAACACUCAAGCAGCGUUCCUCGGCAGCGCGAUUUAUUUUCCCCAAAAACGACAUCAUACUUAGAGUGUAAAAGUCGAGCUAGAGCUUCAUCUUUUUCAUCGAGUGUACCUUUGAACAGGAGUCUAAUAUCGAAAAUUGAAAAAAUAGCUCAGCCCGCUGAUCGUAGCGUAAAACUGUGCUUCCAAUUUUCUACACCUCCUGUCAAGAACUCGGACAAAGUUGAAGUCUUGUCUGAAUCAGCGUCAAUGGAUCACGAACUAAUGUUCGAUGUAGUGGAUGGCAUUGUGCAAUCUGAAGAGGUACCAGAUACAUCUUCGAAUAUCGCUUCACUACCCAAUAUGGUACCUGAAACUAGCUUACCAUUAACACUCCUACCGACACAAAAAUCCAGCAGUAUCGAUUCUGGAAAAAGUGUUCCAAUCAGAGCGACGAAAAGCAAACGAAGCUCAAAGUCGAGAGUAAAACAUAUUAAGAAACGCGAACUGAUGCAGCUGCAACCCGAUGAACGCAUGAUGAACACAGGCAUGAAUGAUCUUCUGAGUUCAAGCUCAUUAAGCUCUAGUGAUUCCGAAGCUGUAGAAUCAGAUCACGAAGGAGACGACGAGCUAACUGAUUGGCCUGGAAAUGAAGGAAUGAUCAACUUUGCAUCCAAAAACGAAUUCAAAAAGUCCAGCAAAACUCGCCUCAUGAAGCCUUCGCUUCCUCAAAUAAAACAACAAGAAGAUAUUCAGGAUGAUGAUACUUUAAUGUCUACAGAUGAUGUUUGUACCAAGAAGGCAGCGGAAAUUGAGCAGAAUACCAUAGCAAUACCUUUAAACUGUUUUGCUGGUUUGAAAUAUUCUCCAGGCUCGUCAGAAGAUCUACCCAUGGAUAAACCAUGCACCUCGAUUGCUAGCGGUGGUAUUAAUUGUGACAGCUCUUCAAGUAAACCGAACAGUUCCUUCGCAAUGCGUUCAUCCACACAUGCUUCUACCAACCUGUUCUCGGCUCCAGAUCUAUGUUCGGAUAUACGAGAAAUACGAGCCGGGUGCCGCCGCAUUCGCGACGAAAGGCCAGGGUUUUCAAUCAUUUCACCAGCAAACGAACUCUUAUCGCGGUUUCUUCAAAAUGAACAACAGGUGCUCACACUUUUGAAUAUCAACGCAAGUGAGCAUGAAAAAUUACUUGAUCUUUCGAAAUUAUAUUCCUUGGCUAUGCAUGUGGACGGCGGGUGUGUUACGCUCAGUAAAACUAGUAACACCAUGCAAUCUGUACGGAUCGAUCACUCUAAUUUACCGAAAAGUUUCGCUGACUUCAAACGACGCUGUUACGGAGAAGAAGAUAGUUUACAUUUUAACGAUCUUUCACAGUGAUUGUUUACGAAAUAUUUAAGCUGUAUUAUACAUUUUUACUGCAUGAAAUUGUUUGAAA